GAUAGCAACCAAAACAACAACAUUAUUCCAUCUGAGCUGUUGAGAUUAAAUUGUAUUUUCCACAGUUUAAUCAGAGUUCUGUGUAGCCAGCAAAUUGUACAGACAUGAUUGACGAGAGUGAGGUGAUAAUCGACGAAAGUCGAAAGAAUAAUUUUCUAUCGUUGAAAGACAAAGCGGAAAUUUUGGAGCGACUGGAUCAGGGAGAGUCUGCGACAAACUUGGCUUCAGAAUAUGGCAUAUCAAAAUCGACAAUAUCAAGAUUUAAAAAGCGAAAAGAAACCAUUCACAUGGCGAUUACAUCGAUAUAUCCAAAUAAUACUGAUCGAAGAACGUUGCGGGGAACGUUUCAUCCGAAAAUGGAACAAGCGCUAUAUAAAUGGUAUGUAGAGCAAAGCAAUCAGAAUGUAGACGUUUCAACGGCAAUGUUACGUAGCCAAGCCCAAAUUUUCUACGCUGAAUUCCAAGAGAAUAACUACACGUUUUCGGCAAGCACAGGUUGGAUAAAAAAUUUCAAAAAACGUUUCGGUAUCGGUCGCCUGAGCGGUAAUAAAAAUACUGAACCACGCAAACGUAAGACAGUCAACACAGACGACGCACUGGAGUGUGAAACAAUUGAAUAUUUGAUUGAAACGACACCGGAUUGUAAGCCGAAUUUUGCACAACAGAUCACAUGCACGAUAAAACCAAAGGCUGAGAUUACGGAGGAGGAAUUUGUUGACGACAACGAAGCAUAUCGAUGUUUGGAAACUGUGAUAAAAUGGUCAAUGCAACGGGGAAUGGACAGACUCUACUUGACCAUGCUGCGAAAACUCAAAUCCAAAGCACGCAAAGGAAGGAAAUAGCGUAUAAAAACGAUGACUUAGAAAUAAUGACAAAAAAGUGUUCAAAACCGAAUUCGUUUAGACCAUUAAGAAUGAGUUAGUUAGUUUUUCGUAUCAAGUGACUAAUGUUGUUUACUAGCCCAAUAAAAGCGAAAAUUUGUGUACUACAAAAAAUUCUUCUAGAUUAUCUCAUUCACAUGUUCUUCUCAGUAAAUUGAAAUCAAUUUGUCAUUCGAUGAAUUAGCAACUUCCACUUUUCUGCCGUUGAAGAGGACUGUCUGAUAAAUUGAAUACCACGGAAACACAUGACACAUAAUUGAAUCACAGAUUGACGAAGACAAUUUGCAAUUACCAUACGAUUCAUGUUGUACCGCUUACCGAGCGACACACAUCCACAUCGUUCCAAUACAUACCAUCGGUUCAACGUGUGUUGAUAAUCGGUAGGUCGUCCGUUUCUAUUUGUGUGUAUAUCGUAUGGUGGAGUUGUGAGUGUGUUAUGGUGACUGCUGCAAUAAUAGCAACAACAACAAUAACAGCAAUUCACCGUCCGUCGCAUGACGGUCGUUCGGCUAAAAAGACAGCUAACUUACUCGGUCGGCUUUCAGUUCAGUAUUGAAUCUCGCCGGCAUCGCAUUCCGAAUCGCUUAUUCCGAAGUGUGUUUCAUUUUUAGUUCAUUGUAUUCGAACGAAAAAGUAAAAAAAGAAAAAAAAUUUCAAACACAAACUUCUUUUGCGUUAGUGUGUGUCCAUUGAAACACAGUAUCUCGUGCUAAUAAGAAUAAUUCGUUGAAUUCUUAGUUCAGCUUUUUGUGCAAAAGUGUUCAAGUUUUUUUUUUCGUGUGUGACAAGAACGAACCUUGGGUGUGUCAAUAAUUCCGAUAGAAUUUCCAUUUAUUAAAUAUAUAUAAAAAAAAGCGUCAACAUGAGCGACUCACCAAAGUACUACCCAUUCCAGUGCACACCAACCGUUUACCCAGCUGAUCCGUUCGAACCAAACCAAGAUGCUGCUACAUUGCGUACGGCCAUGAAAGGUUUCGGAACCGACGAAAAGGCAAUUAUUGAGAUUCUUGCUCGCCGUGGCAUUGUACAACGUAUCGAAAUUGCUGACGCUUUCAAAACUGCAUACGGCAAAGACUUGAUUAAGGAGCUCAAAUCCGAAUUGGGCGGUAAAUUCGAAGAUGUGAUUCUUGCAUUGAUGACACCACUUCCCCAAUACUAUGCCAAGGAAUUGAAUGACGCCGUUAGCGGAUUGGGUUCGGACGAAGAAGCCAUCAUCGAAAUUUUGGCCACGUUAUCGAACUAUGGUAUUAAAACGAUUUCUGAAUUCUAUCAGCGUGACUAUGGACGCAGUUUGGAAGACGAUUUGAAAGGUGACACCAGCGGUCACUUCAAACGCCUUUGCGUUUCAUUGGUGCAAGGAAAUCGUAACGAAGACCAAACCAUCGACGAAGCCGCCGCUAUUCGAGAUGCAGAAGCUCUCCAUAAUGCCGGUGAAGGUCAAUGGGGCACGGAUGAAUCUGUGUUCAACUCAAUUUUGGUCACCCGAUCAUACUCUCAAUUGCGCCAAAUUUUCCAAGAAUACGAAAACAUCAGCCAAAACAGCAUCGAAGAUGCCAUCAAGCGCGAAUUUAGCGGUGACGUCAAAAAGGGAUUUUUGGCCAUCGCCAAAUGUGUGAAAUCGAAAGUCGAUUUCUUUGCUGAGCGCUUGCACGAUGCCAUGGCCGGCAUGGGCACCAACGACAAAACUUUGAUCCGAAUCAUUGUUAGCCGUUCGGAAAUUGAUUUGGGUGACAUCAAAAUCGCCUUUGAAAACAAGUAUGGCAAGAGCCUAGAGUCAUGGAUCAAGGGUGACACAUCUGGAGAUUAUAAGAGGGCCCUGUUGGCUAUUGUUGGAGGAUAUUAAACAUGAUUACUUAAGCGAAUGCAAAACGAAUCACAUACACGCAUCAAGACAAUCGAUUCAUUUUCCUUUUUAAUUUAUCAUAUGUUUGUUCAGAGCUCAGCUUUGAAUUAAAGUAUGAUGUGAAUGUCGAAACAUACAUGCAUUCGCAUCGUAUUUUUAAUGGUUGAUUUUAGUCAAAAUUCAAGGAGCUCGGAAACAACACCCUCGAUAUAUCUAGUUUUUUUUUCAUUAGAUCAAUGCACCCGAUUGCUUUUAUCGCACCAACUCUAUUUUCUCUGGACAUUUCUUUUUAAAGCAUUACAUAACAUUGCAUUAGAUUUUCUACCGAUAUUUUAAUGUACACUUUAAAUACAGCAAAUAUUGUUAUUUUUUAAAGAAAACUAUUGUUAAAAAUCGAUAUGGAAAUAUAUUUUAAAAUACAAAUUGAGACGAAAUUCACUCAGUUUGGGUUGAAUUUUUUUUUGUUUCUAUGCUAUAGCAUUUAAUUCGUAUGGAGGAUAAUUGUGUUAAAGCGAACAAGAAAUGAGAAGAGAAAAAAAACGAACAUGCAAACAAUUUUAUGAUCGGCUCAUUUAAUGGCCCAUUCAAGUCUUAAUUGAACAGUUCAGUUAUGGAACGGCUUUUCAAAUGCUAAAAUUCACACGAAAAUAACGAACACAAAAUAAGCACUCAAGGUCAUCAAGUUGGCCAGCACCAAUACACGCUCAUGUUUCUAAGCGCGGCGAUAUCAAAAACACCGCUAGACCUAUGUUGUGGUUUUUUUUUUCAAGCGAGAAACAACAACAAACUCAAUUGUGACGAGUGCCGGAUCAAAUACAGACACAAUCCCACUCUCAUUUUCGGUCAUUUGUGCUUCAUCGUACAUUCGUACAUUCGCCCGUUUUUUUUUCAUAUGUGCGUCUUUUUUUGUAUAUGCGUAUUUAUUCUUCUCUCACUUACAACUGGCUAACGAAAUAAGCCGCCGCUGCUUUAACGCAAUUGAUCACAUACGGCAAAAUGAGUUCGUUUAAUUACAUUCAGCAUGAAUUUCGGUAUGUCCGCAUGAAACGAUCAUAAUUACAUAUUUCCCAAUGAGUUUUCCGAAAUAACGAACUAAUGAUCUCUUUAAAUUUCGAAGAUUUUGCAUGAACAUUGAACUAACUCUGCACAGCUUCUUUUAUUCCAGCACCAAAAAUUCUUUUUUGUUAAAAUUACCAUUGCAAUUUGCAACUGAAUUAAUUUUUGAAUUUUGAUUUUUAUUUUUCUCUUUUUCUAUUUUUAUGAUGUGUGUUUUUUUUGUGAAUUUGUGAAAUUUGCAGGACGAAUUAGCAGUCGAGUACAAAUAUGUGCUUGAAAUGCUUUCGACCUACUAAGACGUUGUUUCCAUCUCGUCAAAUAACAUUCCAAAUGUGUAUAGUACUCGGAUAAAGUUAAGCAGCAAAAUCACCAAUUAAUUUUUUCUUUGUGAAUACAAUCAUUUAAUUCUGAAACUAGAAAGCAAAACAAUACUUAGAAAGAAGAAGCUAAUUUUUGAAAUUGUAAACCAAUAUUGUAGUGCUCCAAUUUUACAACUAGUUCAACUAAUAAUUUGUUUUUUUUUUCUUUUCGCUUUGGCAAUUUCAAAAUUCUGAACACAAACUAACACGAAAUUCAUUUUUUUUGGGCUUGCAUGAAUUGAAUUCGAAUUUAUCUAUUCGAUAAAAUACUAAAUAAGAUCGGAAAUGUUCUUCAUUGUUCGGAAUUUGUUUAUUACAGGAUGAUAUCGGUGGCGAAGUUGCAUCAGUUUUGGUUCAUCUGGUUUGCUAUUAAGAAAAGAAAAAUAUCUGAAAUCAAAUGCUUCCUUCCGUCGAAUGAUCGGGGCUGCUGUCUCGCCAUUUUCAUAUUUGGCACUAAAAACAAUACUGUUUUAUUUAUCUCUUAAGUGAUUUUAUUAUUUUUACAUGUAGAAUUUUAGUUUUUUGCACGGUUUAAUACUCAUAAAUUUUUCUUUGUACACACUCUUAUACAUUUUGUUUGGAAAAUUCAAUCAUUGAAUUGGUGGCCUACAUUUGAACUUUGACAUGCAUGCGUGCUGUGCUGUUGUAUACAAUUUUUUUCUUCAAAAUUUUAAUUUAAAACAUUAAUUAAUUCAAACCAUGCUUGAGAUUAUUUUGUGAUCAAUUUUUUCUUCUCUUGGAAACUUUUUCAAUACAUUUCAGGAUGACCUCUCCGGCGAUUAUCGCGACGUAUUGGUUGCAUUAGCAGAAAAUUAAAGCAUUUUCACAUUUUAAAUGAGAAAAAGGCUACAACUCACAUUAUUUUUUUUUCACCAUUUGAUUGUGACUCACAUUAGCUUCGAUAUCUAAUCAAAUCAUUACAUUUUUUUCUAAAAGAACAAAUUAGUGUAGCACGUUACAUUUUUGCACUCAUUUCGAGCAGCCAUAGUUGAGAAAGAUGAAUAAUAUUUAAAAAAUUUGUUAAAAUGUGCCGUUGUUUCACAUUUCAAGCACAACGAAUUUGAUAGUGCAACAGACGCUCGAAAAAAAUGAGAAAUGUUGAAAAUUUUCAAUUGAAAAACACUUUUGGAUCAAAUUUCAUUUUUAUACUCCAAAAACGACCAAAAAACAACAUCGAAAGUCAACACUCAUUUCCUACAUUCGAGCAACUGCUGUGCAAACAUUGAAUUUUAUUAAAAUAACAUGCCUUUGAGAAGAACGAAUCUGUUUCAUUUUAUUGAUGUUGUUUCUGAUAAAAAUUAUUACUAGAGAUCUUAUGAAUUUUACUGCAUUAAUUGUGAUUGUUCUGAAUUGAAAAAUAAACUGUCUGAAAUUCUGACUAAAA